CAAACCGUCCCGGAGCAGCCUCGCUCACUCAUUCAAGAGAACCGGGACCAAUUCGGAAGAGCUCGGUUUCUGUGCCGGUUUUAAACGCUUUCUUGAGCAGAACUGAAGUAAUUCUAAGGAAAAUAGUUUGAGUUUUUUUGGUUUUUUUUUAGUUUUAUUUUGUCCGAAACGUUAACAUGCUGGGUUAUGCACAUCCGGGGCAGUGUGCCGUGUCUCCACCGCUCGCUUAGUGCUCGCCGACGUCCAAACCUGAGGGGAAAACGGGGCUUUGUUUUUUAAAAAUAAUACUUGCGUUUGUGUAGCUAUUUCAGAAGCGACAGCUGGAAACGUCAAGCUGGAAGAUCAAAGGGCAUGUCUAAUCAAGGAGCGAGGAGAAACGGUCCGGUGAAACUGCGGCUGACAGUUCUCUGUGCGAAGAACUUGUCCAAGAAGGAUUUCUUCAGAUUGCCCGACCCCUUUGCUAAAGUGGUGGUGGAUGGCUCAGGCCAGUGCCAUUCCACGGACACGGUCAGGAACACGCUAGACCCAAAAUGGAACCAGCACUACGACCUGUACAUUGGGAAGCUGGACUCCAUCACCAUCAGCGUGUGGAACCAUAAGAAGAUCCAUAAGAAGCAGGGUGCAGGAUUUCUGGGCUGCGUGCGCCUCCUCUCCAACGUCAUCAACCGCCUCAAAGACACCGGCUAUCAGAAACUGGACCUGAACAAGCUGGGACCCAGUGAUAACGACACCAUCAGAGGACAGAUAGUGGUGAGUCUGCAGUCCAGAGACAGAAUAGGAGCAGGAGGACCCUUGGUGGACUGUAGCCGGCUGUUUGACAAUGACUUACCUGAUGGCUGGGAGGAAAGGAGAACCGCCACUGGCAGGAUUCAGUACCUGAAUCACAUCACACGGACCACGCAAUGGGAGAGACCAACCAGGCCUGCAUCGGAGUACUCGAGCCCUGGCCGGCCCCUAAGCUGUGUGCUGGAUGAGAACACGCCUAUCCUGAGCCCCAACGGGGCCACCAGCAUCAUGUCUGGGGACGCCAGGGCCCAGGAGAGGCGCGUACGCUCCCAGAGACACAGGAACUACAUGAGCAGAACACACCUCCACACACCGCCAGACCUGCCGGAGGGAUACGAGCAGAGAACCACCUUGCAGGGCCAGGUGUACUUCCUCCACACGCAGACCGGCGUGAGUACGUGGCACGACCCACGUGUGCCCAGAGAUCUUAGUAACGUUAACUGUGAGGAGCUUGGCCCGCUCCCGCCAGGCUGGGAGAUCCGCAACACGGCUACUGGCCGGGUCUACUUCGUAGACCACAACAACCGAACUACGCAGUUUACAGACCCACGUCUCUCUGCCAACCUGCACCUAGUGCUCAACAGUCCCAGUCCAAAUGGAUCUCGUACCUGCCUGGAGAGCACAAACUCAAAUGUCAGCCGUCACUCCCAGCUGAGCGAGCAGCUGGCUCUGGCCGGCCUGCCAGAGGAGGCCGAGUGUCUGACGGUCCCCAAGUAUAAGCGCGACCUGGUGCACAAGCUGAAGGUGCUUAGGCAGGAGCUGGUACAGCAGCAGCCGCAGGCAGGCCACUGCCGCGUGGAGGUCUGCAGGGAGGAGAUCUUCGAGGAGUCAUAUCGGCAGGUGAUGAAGAUGAGGCAGAAGGACUUGUGGAAGAGGCUGAUGGUGAAGUUCAGAGGAGAGGAGGGGCUUGACUAUGGAGGCGUGGCCAGAGAAUGGCUGUACCUGCUUUCCCACGAGAUGCUCAACCCAUACUAUGGCCUGUUCCAGUACUCCCGUGACGACAUCUACACACUUCAGAUCAACCCCGAUUCCUCAGUCAACCCAGAGCACCUGUCGUAUUUCCACUUUGUUGGGCGAAUCAUGGGAAUGGCGGUGUUCCACGGCCACUACAUUGACGGCGGCUUCACACUGCCCUUCUACAAACAGCUGCUGGGCAAACUCAUCACUCUGGACGACAUGGAGUCGGUGGACCCCGACCUCUACAACAGCCUUGUCUGGAUACUGGAGAAUGACAUCACCGGGGUGCUGGACCACACGUUCUGUGUGGAGCACAGUGCAUACGGCCAGAUCAUUCAGCAUGAGCUUAAACCCAAUGGCAAGAGUGUCCCAGUCACCGAGGAGACCAAGAAGGAGUAUGUUAGACUGUAUGUGAACUGGCGUUUCCUGCACGGUAUUGAAGCUCAGUUCCUGGCUCUUCAGAAAGGCUUCAAUGAGGUCAUACCACAACACUUGCUCAAGCCUUUCGAUGAAAAGGAGCUGGAGUUGAUCGUGUGUGGCCUGGGGAAGAUCGACAUCCACGACUGGCGGGCCAACACGCGUCUGAAGCACUGCACGGCCGAGAGCAGUGUGGUCAAGUGGUUCUGGAAGGCUGUGGAGUCCUUUGACGAGGAGCGGCGAGCCAGGCUGCUGCAGUUCGUCACCGGCUCCUCCAGAGUGCCCCUCCAGGGCUUCAAAGCCCUCCAGGGUGCAGCAGGGCCCAGGCAGUUCACCAUCCAUCAGAUUGACGCAAACACAAACAACUUGCCAAAAGCCCACACGUGUUUUAACCGCAUUGACAUUCCCCCCUACGAGAGCUACGAUAAACUGUACGACAAGCUGCUCACGGCCAUCGAGGAAACCUGCGGAUUUGCUGUCGAAUGAUUGGCUGCUUCAAAGGGAGGAGCCUGCGCAAGGGAUUCUGGGUAGUUCGGUGGUGGCAUGAUCUCACCCCAGGGGCAGAGGGAGUUCAUGGAGCCCCAUGCAGAAACGUUUUACUUUAUUUUUUCCUAGCUUUUUUUUUUUUUCAAUUCAUCUUCUCUCAGCUGCUAUGAACCAACAAGAAGUCAUCUUAAAUCUGAAAGUGUUGAAUAUGGACAUAUUUUGGGGUGUGCUUACAAGCCCCAGACCCGUGUGAAGAUUCCAUGUUUACUCUGAAAAUGCGCGUGUGAGUAUGUGUGUUGCAUCGCAUGUGUGUAUGAUGGAGGCAAAGAGUCAGACAGAAAAACGGGCAAUGAAUGAAAGAAUGAACCCGUACACAUAAUAUGCAAAGCCCCAGGUCUGGAGGCGCAGUAUUGCAGUGGAGCCAGUGUAGCAGGAUCGAGUUCUGGCCUCCUGAUCCCAGCACUGCACAGUUUAGUGCUUCAGUUCACCAGCUCAUCCUCAGGCUAACGCGGACCAAACACUCCACUGUGCAGUGUUUCUGGCAGACUUAUCCUUGUAACUGUAUAUGGUCCCCAUCACACCUUUUAAUCUGGUUGAGAAGACUUGAAGGUUGAAUGAUACACAGAGCAAAACAAGCAAUAAAUGUAGAAUAACUGUUAAGAGUCAUAAUGUUGAUUAUUGCAAGCGGUUGAGUCAGGAGAACGUGUUUGGGAGAAGGCUUUGUUCCAGUGUCAGAUGGCCAGCCUGGUAGUGAUGUGCUAGUCUGAUGGUAACUGUUCUCGCUGUCCACAGCAACAACCCGGUAGGUGCUGCAAUGACUGAAGAAUUCCCAUGAAACCCAGCUGCUGAUAGGGAGAUGACUGAUCUUAGAGCAGCUCUGCCAUACUUCUGCCAUUAUAUUCACCCGGAGCUGAAAGGCUAAGGCCGGCCACUGGGGUCAGGCCUCUGUGCAUUAAGGCCUUUGGCAUGAUUACAAGCCCUGGACUUUUGUCUGAAGAGCAUUUAGAAGUGCUGGGGCAAGGGCAUUUGGGGUUAACUAAGGAGCCCAUAUCACGCUUAUCUCUGACCGAAUUCACAGCACAUUUGUACAAGUAUACAUAAAUAUAUACAUACAGGGCUUUGUCAUUCUAAAGAAAUUGUAUAGAUUUAUAUUUUGUAUAUGGCUUAAAUGUUACAGGAUUUAAUCUCAGGUCAUGUAGGAUCUCCCUCCCUUGAUCUUUUUAUGUGUGCCUGCUCAAAAAGGUUUUGAUGACUGCAUGCACCACCGGCUUGUAUUUUAAAUUUUUUGGAAAGGUCAGAGGUGAGGGCAAAGGCCAGAGCCAGUCGGUAUCUUCUGCAGUCUUCUGCACUAGCAAGGCCACACGACACUGCUCAGUUCAGUCCGAGGGGUGUGUGUUCCUUCAGAGCAGCACGUCUCUUGACGCAUCACCCUUGCCCGUACCGAAUCUUUCAUUCUAAAACAUUGGAAACGGCGCAAGACUUUGUCUUACCCUUAUGUAUAAUAAUUUUUUUUUAUAAAUGUAUUUUGAUGUUUAUAACAAAUUCCUAUGAUUAUGGAAGUUGUCUUUUGCAGUGAUAACUCCUCCCAGGUGUACUCAGUUCACAUAUACUCUCGAUAAAAAUGUUAAUUAAAAAAAAAGUAUACUCAUAAUGGUGCUUUGUAAAGUAUCAGAAUAUUUUUCAUAUGCUGAUGAGAGCUUUAAAGAGGUUUUCUUAAUGCAAAAAUUAACAUUUACAGAUUUUAGUUUAUCAAGAAUAUUAAUCUAUUUGUUACCAGUUGUUGGGAUUUAGCAUUAAGACCGUUCUGUUAGAACAGUACGUGGUCUCCAGCUCCUGUACAGGUUGAACUAGUCCAAAAUCAUCUAUCAUGCAUUAUACAUAUUGGACUUUGAAAACUCGCAAUCACCUUUCUAGCAUGUUCUACUUGCAAAACUGUAAUCUUGGCUAACUGGUAUGACAUGACAUGAAUGGUUUGUGUGGGAAUGCCAGGUGUGUGUGUGCGCGUGUGCGCGCGUGCAUAAGUUUUGGUCUUGUACACAAGCUUGACAAACGUGCUCCGUUUUGUUUUUUGGAUUUUUCUUUGGAAUUUGUAUUUAUUGUCCCUGCCAUCCGAGUCACCUGUUUGUACAUAACAGAACGCCGUGUUCCUCCUGUACACCUCCAGAUACGAGCAAUAAACUGGGACCUGCUUGCAACUGGCAGUGUUCUGCUUUCAACAGAGAACUUUUUCUGUGGGUGUAUUUCCCCCCUUGCCUUCCUCUCCCACAUCAUGUGACACAGAAUAAGCUGCUCAUGAGACAGUUACAGUUCACACUGAUAGUUCUUGUAUUUGUUAGUGCAAUUAGCAAAAUUAAUUUUGUGGUUUAAUAAAUAAUGACGGUGUUCACAAAUAAAGAAAACCCAGUUCAGCAAUGAGGAAUUCAAAGCUAUCAUCACCUAUGAUGGUGUAGACUUAGGAGACGUUAUUAACACGGGGGCAUUAGUCUGUGGUCUACUGCCAUGGAAAGGGGCACUUCCCAAAAAAAAAAAAAAAAAAAAAA